UAGCAGACUACCGGGCGACCGGCGGCGUCGAGCUCAGAACCCAUGGAUAUUUCCUCGGCUGUUGAACUUCCGCUCCCGUUUUGGAGACUGCCGGCGAAUCCCUCUGUUGGAAAUUCUUCGAGUCCGUUGUUUGGCGUCUUGAUUUCGUCGACACAUCCUCCGCCGUCCGGUUGGUCUGCGUUUGUCCGCUUCCGCCGGGACUCGAGGUUGCGGCUUCCACGUGAUCAACGGCGAUGGUUUGCAGUAGGAGAAAUUCAACGGCGAUGGUUUGCAGGAUUCCACGUGAUCAGGGAAUUUAAUAUUCGGUAACAUUCUUCGUCGUCGUCGUCUCCCACUAAGCAUUUCUCAGUCUUUUUUGAAUUCAAUCAACUUGUUUGCAGUCACAUGAUGAUUAGGGUAAUGUAGUGUAAAUUAGAGAUAGAUAAUCCCCACUUGUGGCGUUGACUAUUUGCAUCAGAUGGGUUCAAGAUUCAUAUUGUCAUGCUAUUCCAUUUGCAGCCUGGCAUCAUUGAUGUGUUCAUCCUGUUUGAUCCUGCUAAAGCUCGAAUUGCUCUUUACCCACUUUGAUUUGGCUCUUACUCAUUAGCUCCCCUGUGUUUUGUUUUUAUUGGCUUCCCUGAAGAUGGCUGCUGAAGCCAUUCUGAUCCCAGUUGCAAAAUCAAUCCUCGGCAAGGCAGCCGACUUGGCUGCGGAGCAGAUUGGGCUCCUAUGGAAUUUCAAACGCGAGCUCAAGAAACUCAAGGACACUGUCACUAUCAUCCAGGCCGUGCUUCGUGAUGCAGAAGAGAAGCAGUUCCACAAUCAUCAAGUCAAAGACUGGCUCGAGAAGCUCUCGGAUGUAAUGUACGAUGCUGAUGAUCUGCUCGACGAUGUCUCUACCGAGACUCGUCGGAAGGCCAUGACAGCGGAAGCAAAUGGUGGCAGGAGAAGGACGAUGGCGACGACGACGACUUGUUGGAGUGUGGUAUGCUUUCUGUUCUCCUCGCUUUGUGAACAAUUGGCAUACGAUCUUAAGAUGGCUCAUGCCAUCAGGGCUAUUAGGGAGAAGCUCGAUGAUAUAUCGAAAGACAAGGAUGGUUUACAUCUAGAGGUUUUAUCUAAGGAAGAUGCUCUUCCUUUGAGGGAGACCGACUCUUGUCCACCCACAAUUGUUGUUGGGAGGGAAGAUGACAAGAAGAACAUCAUUCAGCUACUGCUCCAUUCUAACCGUGAAGCCAAUAUCUCUGUCGUCCCCAUUGUUGGAAUGGGUGGGUUGGGGAAGACUACCCUUGCUCAGCUUGUAUAUGAUGACGACCGAGUUGAAGCUUACUUCGAUACCAAGGUUUGGGUAUAUGUUUCACAGAGCUUUGAUAUCAAAGUAAUACUUGGAAAGAUGCUACAAUCUAUAAAUCCUCAGAGUCAAGUGGGCUCCUCGCUAGACAAUUUGCAAGCUGAACUCCGAAAAAGCAUCAAGGGGAAGAGGUUUUUGUUUGCAUUAGAUGAUGUUUGGGAGGAGAAUGUUGAAAGUUGGGAACUUUUGACCAAGUAUUUGAUAGUUGGCGCACCUGGCAGCAAAGUGUUGGUGACUACUCGAUCCACGAAAGUUGGGGAAGUCGGUGGCAGGACUUUGAAGUCGGAAACAAGUACCAGCAUAGUGGCACCCUAUCUCUUAGAAGGCUUGUCACUAGAAGAGUCUUGGGAUUUGAUGGUGAAAAAGGCCCUUCCCAGAAAGAUCACAGUAGACCCAUAUGUAAAAGAAAUUGGGCAAGAUAUAUUGCGUAAAUGUGGUGGAGUUCCACUUGCUGUGAGCUCAAUAGCCGGUAUGCUAAUAAGUUCAAAACAUCCCAAAAUAGAGUGGCCGUCGUUUUUACACAAGGGAUUUUUGAGCAUAUCUAAAGACGGGAAUCGUACUAUGGCAGCCCUCCAGCUAAGUUUCAGUCAUCUUCCUUCCCAUAUGAAACAUUGUUUUGCUUACUGUAAGCUGUUUGCAAAAGGUUUUCUGUUCGAUGUUCAAAUGCUGGUUCAAUUCUGGAUAGCACAAGGGUACAUUGAGUCAGAGGAUGAAGGCAUGGAUUGCUUCAAAAUGUUAUGGUGGAGGUCAUUCUUUCAAGAGGUGAAGACAGAUGAAUUUGGGAAUAUUUCAAGUUGUAGAAUGCAUGAUUUGAUGCAUGACUUAUCUGACUCAAUAACUAGGGAUAAAAUCCGCAGAAUUUCCAGCUCAACUGCUGCUCUAACAAAUUUUACUUCAAGCUCUCGUCAUUUGUCUUUGUUUGAAGAAGGCGAUGAUAGUAUUUCGCUAGAAGAAGCUGACAACAGCAUCGUCGAUGAUGAGUUGAAAAAUGCAAGCAAGGUGCGAAGUUUUCUAUGUUGGAAAGAUCUAUCAACAGAAAAUUGGGAAGGAGUCCUUCUCAAGUUCAACCGCUUGCGAGUGUUGAUAAUGGUUGCGAAAGUAUCAAAAAUAUCCACCGCUUCAAAACAACUGUCUUGUGUUAGUAAGCUGAAGCAUUUAAGAGUUCUCAGUUUCUUCUGCCAAGGGAUGAAAAGGGUUCCAGAUUCCAUUACCAACUUGCUCAAUCUGCAAGUGCUUAUGGUGACUUCCAGUUCAUUAAACGAACUUCCAAGAGGUCUUAGGAAGCUGGUUAAUUUGAAGCAUUUAAUCCUUCACCCAGAUUGUUUGAAAAAUUUCACCUAUAUGCCAAAAGGGAUUGGGGAGUUGAAGCAUCUUCGGACUUUAUCCUUUUUUGUGAUGGGCAAUAAGAACUACGUAAAUGACAAGACCAUUGGGGAAUUGGAUGAGUUGAAAGGUCUGAAUGCCUUGUGUGGAGAGUUGAUCAUUACAAACUUGGCAAAUGCUGAGACUCUUGGCACAUGUGUUCAUGUUUUGAAGAACAAGCUACUUCUUCAUUCUCUGGUUCUCAAUUGGAGUCGGUACGAUGUUACUCCACAGUCUAUCAGUGAUGAAGAGAUCCUGGAAAUGCUCUGUCCCCACCCUAAUCUUAUGAAAUUGAAGAUAUGUGGCGGGUACGGAGGUGUGAAACUCCCUAACUGGCUGUCUACCAUCAGAAAUCUGGUGGAAAUCUCGCUGGAAAACUGCACGCAUUGCAAGAACCUCCCACCAUUGCAUCACAUUUCGGGUUUGAAGAAACUUAACAUUGAAAAUUGUCCACAAUUGAAGAGAAUCAAUAAAAAUGCAGGUGGUGGUGGUGGUUAUCAUUGUGAUUCCUCUCCAAAUGACUCAACACCAACCAAGAAAGAGGAUAAGGAGUGGCCCCAGUUUCCAUGUCUAGCCUCCCUGCGCAUCAAAGAUUGCCCAAAUCUAACUCAGGCGCCCACUUUCCCAACUGUUGCAGGUGAGUUGGUGUUGGACGGAGCGAGCUUACAACUAUUAGCUAGAACGAUGGAGAUGGUGAGGGCUGACUAUUUAGAUGAAUUCAUCACCGUGAUUGAAUACGGAGAUACAAACCCUCCUUUUCUUCCUUAUCCUCCUUCAUCGACCUUCGUCUCCCCACUCUCCAAGCUGAGAAAGUUGAGGUUAGAUGGAAUUGAUGAUGAUCUUGAAUCUCUACCAAAUAAUGGUGAUUUCAACAAUUGUCUUGUCUCUCUUCAAGAGUUAAAGGUUCGAGAUAUUCGAUGGGGAGCGAAGCUACCUAGCUCGUUGUGCUCCAGUACAAAUUUAACAGUGAUACAUUUACAACAUUGUGAGAGGGUAAAGUACUUGCCACCCCUACAUAAACUCCCAUCUUUGGCAGAGCUAUUAAUUGGGAAUUGUCCGAGGCUAAAGGGUUGUUGGUCGAAGAAGAAGAAGAAGAAGAAGAAGGGGGAGGAGUGGCCUCAUUUCCCUUGUCUUUCCACCUUGCAAAUUAGAGGUUGCCCAAACUUGACUCGGAUGCCCUUGUUUCCAACAAUUGAAGGCAAUUUGACUUUGUGGAUGACCAGCUCACGGGCACUGGUCGAAACAAUGAAGAUGAAAGUGACAGCUCAUGACUACAAUUUUCCACAGUAUUCUACUACUACAACAACGGAAACAGGUCCUUCUCCUACUUUGCCGAGGACUGUGCUUGUUAGCCCACUCUCUAAGUUGACAAGCCUGUCGCUCUGUGGAAUGGAUGACCUAGAAUCUCUACCAGAAAAAGGUCUUGGCAACCUCACUUCUCUCCAGGAGUUGGUGAUUGAAAAGUGUCCCAGACUAGCAACUCUGCCUCCCGCAAUGCAACAACUCACCUCUUUACAAACGUUGGAUAUUUGGAGGUGUCCUAGGUUGGCAGAGCGAUGCAGAAAGGAAGAUGGUAAAGAUUGGCACAACAUUUCCCACAUUCCAUUCAUAGAAGUGGACGGAAAGACGCUCCAAAACUCAGGCUGCCAAAGAUGAAGGGACAAUUGGUAGCCAGUCGACUCAUCAACUCAAAAACUACUGCCACAAGGAACUAAAUCUUUAGCAUUACUAAGUUAUUUGUAAUUUUGUAUCUUGUUCUCUGCCACAUUAGAAAACUGCUCAUACCUGACUGAGAUGCAUCUGUUUCCAGCUGAGGAGCCGUCUCGUGCCUUGAGUUUUGCGUCGUAUGGUUUCUUAUUUGCCUGUGUCAAGGGAUUGUAUAUAUAGUUCACCAUCUCUUGUUUUGCCCUUACUCUGUACCUUCCUUUUCAAAGUAGAGGGCCAAUCAUAUUGCAAUCUUUUUGCGCAAUGAUGCUUCAAAACCAGUUUGCUAUGCCUUGUGAUAUCUGAUCAUGGAAUAGUUUUUAAUGCGCUGUAAGGUUAAUGAAGAAGAAGCAUAGGGAGUUUGGGAGGGAUAUUAAAAUGGAGAAUUUUUUAUUAAGAAGGUUGAUAUCAGCUGGAGAUGUAAUAGUUGGUUCCAUGGGAGACUUACUGUUUGUCUAGUAAAAGCUUUGAUGGGAGCAGAAUUUACCAAGUUCAAUGUGUCCUGUAUUAUUAUUUCUCCUUACUAUUUUAGCUUUGUUCUUUCAUAUAAAUAACCGAAAUGUUACAUCCGUUUUCUUCGUAGCAGGUGCACGAACGAGUUGAUCUGUCUCGAGCCAUGUUCGGAACAAAAUUAUCCCUUGACCUCAGCUGAGCGUGAAGCCGGUAUAAGUAUCGAGGUACCUCCCCAUAGUCAUGCCUAUCCUAAGAUAUAGUAGUAUUGAUGACUCAAUACCCAUAUUUAUGCACAUUGAAACUCCAGACUUUUGAAAAUGUUGGACUUCAAUAAAUAAAUAAAUAAAUAACCAAGUUGUGGUGGAUUAUAUUAAACCAAAUUUCUUUCUAUCCAAAGCUUAUAACUUUCAAUGACAAUACCGUUCCUGGAAAUCGUGCGAAGAAACUCGACUUGAAGGAGUUUUAUACCAACUUCUUGCAAUAAAACAUGGAUGCUUAUCUGUGCAUCGAUUCUGGACUCUAAUUGUUGAGUUUCCCUUGGAUUAUUACCGACAUUACACACCAUCUCCAUCGAGAUUGUUCUUAACCUUAAAUUUGCGAAGUUUCAGAGACGGUUGCAGCAGCAAGAAGCAGAAAGGUUCAACAGACGGUGCAGAGAAGGUAUUGAUGAGAGAUAAGGUUAAUCAAUUCCUGCAAAGCUUAAUGCCAGCUAAAACCGAAAAUAAUUAUAACUAAUUAAUCAUGCUUUGGUGUAUUUGCUUGCUCAACUCUAACUAUUCCAUUUCCAGGUCGUCAUCACUGCCAGUGCAUUAAGCUGUCACAAAGUUCUGUUUAUAGUGCAUCCAACACCUCCAUGUGGGGAAACUAUAUGAUAUAGGUACGAUGUAUCGUUGGACUUGGAUACAUCAGACAUUUUCAGUUGGGUUAUAUCAAGAAAUAUUUCACAUUCCU